AUGCCGAAAAGCACCAAGAAAAAGAAGGAUAAGGCAGCUGACUUCUCAAAAGCCAAGCUGAAGCUUGGAAAGGGCAAGCAAGAAGCAAACAACGUCAUCGAUACAUCUUUCAAAGCCAGGUCUAUCGCUCUACCCACUCAGAGCAUCGCGACCGACAGGGACACGGAUGCACCUACCACUAGGAGACGAUUGACGUUUGACUCUCUCGUCGUACACCUCAAGCACUACAAUUCAAAUACGCGAAAAGAUGCCCUACUUGGACUUCGGGAGCUUCUUGAGGCCCAUCCCGAGCUCAUCAACGUGCAUUUGACUGCCUUGGUCAAUAGCUGCAUUCGUCUCAUCAGCGACGAGGAUGCGAGUGUACGGAAGACGUUGCUGGCAUUUUUUACCUGGCUUUUCCGACAUGUGCCUCGAGACGACAUCACUCCUCACUCGCCAGUUCUCCUGCUCUUCACUACAUCUGCUCAGACCCACAUUUUCCCGGAGAUUCGCAUCGACGCCGUCCGUUUUCUUGACAUCUUUCUUGAGUACAUCCCGGAGGUCGUCACAGAAGGAUGGACUCAACAAGGGGGUACAAGUCAUGGAAGAAGGGCUCUCGAAGGCUACCUCGGGAUUCUCAAUGCCGGAACUACAUUCGGAGAGGGCGGUGACUCGGGGCCGGCUCGUGCGACCUCUACCGCUAGUGUGGUCCUAUCGCCUGCCUCCAAGCUCGUCGUUCUGAAAUCCCUGGCGACGUUCCUGGUCUAUGCCGUGACUACUGCCAGCGGACCACGGGAUAUCAGCAACGAAUCAAGUUCCGGAAAUCUCACGACACCGACUUGGUACUUUUCAUCGUCCUUUGCUUCCACAUCGGCAUUCGUCGCGUUCGAUGCCCUUCUGCGCCCCACAAAUGGCCCUAACAUGAGUCAUGACUCGCAGCCUCCCAGCACUAGAAGCUGGGUGCCGGAAGCCUCUGGCGAGAACGAGGACUUCGUCGGCGACUUCGAUCUCGCCGCAACAAGUUCGGCAUCUUGGGCCGUCCAGGAGUUGAACGACAUCGAUGUUGCAGUUGCUGCGUUGGCCGAGAACAAACAGGGUAGCAGUGGUCUGGAUCUGCAAGUCGCUUCAGCUGCGCAUGUGGCCCGUACUCUGCACUCCACUCUCGUGUCGACAUUCCUAGACUUCGCGCCCUCCGUUUUCUCUCCGAGCUCGACUCCACCGGAGACCGAUUUGCAAAUGGUGCUCGUAGUGUGUCGAAUAUGUCGAAGCUUGUACGGCCGGGUAUUGCAGAAUACAUCCGAAUCAGGGUACUCGCACGAGAAGGCGGAAACCGACCUGCAGACGAUGCUCUCGUACCUGUCACCUUACUUCCCUUUCACCGUCAGCAGCUCCUCUACCGCAAAGCGAGACAUCAAGAUAGAGCAGGCGUUCCAGGACCUCAACCUCAUAUUUUGCGAACUGUCCUCCUUCCUCGUACUGGCCUUGCAAGGCAAUAACAAACGGGCGCCCACAACACGUGUGUCGAGGGCGUCCUUGCGUGGGGCUCGUUCAGCGAUAGCUGCGAGCUCUGCAUCUGCCGUCGGCGCACGCCAGAUCGAGCGCGUCAGCAAAUACAUCGUUCAGCUUCUCCACGGAGAAGCCCCAUCCUCUAGUGCCCAGUCAUCAAUACCACGGCCCAUAGUCGCACAAGCCUACGUCUCUCUCCUGCCGACCAUCUGGUCCUUGAUCAACAAUGCGACCUUGGAGCUUGCGUCGGCCUCAGCGACUCUUUUCUCAGCCGUCGUGGAACAUGCAACCAGAGCAUCCUCGGCGUCCGCAACUAAGAGGCAUACAGUCGACUUUAUCGGUAGACUUGUGCUUUUGGACAGGGAGCCGGAGUACGUCGGCGCGUUCAAAUGCGGGCGGAGUCAAGAGCAGGAUGCACAGCUGGAAGAAUGGAUCCUGCAGCUCCCUAAAACUCUCUGGGAGUUGGGCGGGAACCACCCCACGACUACCGAGACCAUUGUCCGGCUACUUCUGCGGUUAUUGCAGCGACGUUCAGGAUUGUUUCAUGCAGGGACAUACACCGCCCUCCGGUCCCGCCUUGUCCCCUACUUCGCGAUAUCGCACCCGGCGCGCGGUAAGCUGCGGGGUCCGUAUGCGAAACUGCCUGCGGACUCGCCGUUGCGCCAUCUGGUUCUCGACCUCGUGGCGACCAUCAUCGGCCAGAGUCCGCGGAAAACAGACUCCGGAGAUGACGAUCUCAUAUCCGCGGUCGACGAGGCUACCCGCGAGACGGAGGACGCGGCGUACUUUGCGGGCAUCAAAACCUCACUGUGCAGAGACUGA